AUGUCAUCAUCAACAGCAUCGAAGCGUGUAGCUUCCAACACAUUUCGCUAUCCACAAUCUAAUAAUCGUCAAGAGAGUUUUCUUAAUAAUUCUUCAUCUUCUUCAAUUACAGAAGAUGAAGGUAAUCGUGAUGUAAAAAUGUUCGAUGAAACCAUUCCUGAUAAUGGAUUAGGUGACACAGAUAGACGUAAAAAUGGUCUUACAAAUGGUCGUCAUUCAUCAAUAAAUAAUCACAAUAAUAAAAAGGAUAUAGGUGCUCCAAUGAUUCAAGAAUUAAUUCAAUCAAACAUGGAUCUUAAAAAAGAAAUUCGUGAAAUCCGUCGGCAAUUAAAACAUAAUAAUGGAGCAAACAAACAACGUAUUGAUCGUAUAAUAACCAGAACGAGUAGUUCAAACAAAGUCAACGUUUAUAAACAACAACUUGAUGCAUGUCAAGAAACAAUAGCUCAUCUUCGAAAAACAAUUGAUUCAAUGGAAAAACGUAUUGAACAAUUAAGAACAAUUGAACAUCGACAAAUAUCUAAUACAUCUGAUCAAAAUGAAAAUUAUACGACAACUACGAAUAAUAACAAUAACAAUAACAAUAAUAAUAAUAAUAAUAACACGGAUCAUCGAUUCAUCCACGAACUAUUUCAUUUAUGUAUUAAAUAUGCACCACGAUCAUCAAAAUCAAAAACAACAGUUCCCAGUCAUCAAGAUAUGAAAACAUAUAUACGACAAACAUUUAGUGAAUUUAUUACAACAUCAUCACCAUCUAAGAUAAGCGCCAACAAAAAUCAAGACAUUGGUCAUUUUGUUUGUAAAUGUUCAGAUCGAAUUCAUACUGAACAUCGUCCAACAUAUCAAUAUUGUCUUAGUUUAAUUGAACAAUGGCAAUCUCUAUUUGAUGUAACAUGUUUUACACAAUUACCAACAGCACUCAAUGAAUUAUAUUAUCGAUAUGGCGAAUUAACAAAUUUUAAACGAUCAAUUGCAAGUACACUUGGUGUUUUAGAAAAUACAAGAUUGGUUAGUUGCCCAAAAUUAAUUAAAACAUUACAACAAACACUUGAUGAUACGAAAUCAAAUGAAUUAAUUACAUUUAAAAAAAUGACAAAAAUUAAUGACAUGAAUGAAGCGAUUUCAAAAAUUCGUUCAUAUGAUGAUUUUGUGCCUUAUUAUCAUCAAUUCAUUGAACAAAUGGCCAAUUUACUCGAAGUAUCAAAAGGUGAUGAAAUAAUGCCAGCUAUAAAAACACUUAAAUUACUUGCACAUGGUGAAAGUGAUCGACCUGAUAGUAAUACUCAACGAUCUCAUUCAUUAUUGCGUACAUCAUCAUUAAAUAUACAUAACAAUGUACAUGAAAAGAAUUUAACACAUUCAAAAUCACUUCGAGUACUUUCGUCUAGGCCGAAUAUUGAAGAAUCCAAUGUUAAUCAAUAUCAUAGUUCUGAAAAACAAAAUGAAGAUAGUGAACAACAUGCUGAAACAGAUGACGGAGAUUCUUAA